AUGUUGAGCCCAGCGUCAGCCCUAGGUAGCUACAACGCUGGAAUCAGCGCGUGCGAGAAGGCCAUGCAGUGGCAGCGGGCUUUGGCGCUUCUCAGCGAGAUGUGUGUGGCGAAGCUGGAGCCCGACGUCAUCUCCUACAUCGCUGGAAUCAGCGCGUGCGAGAAGGGCGAGCAGUGGCAGUGGGCCCUGGCGCUGCUUAGCGAGAUGUGGGAGGCGAAGUUGGAGCUCAACGUCAUCAGCUACAACGCUGGGAUCAGC